AUCACCUCUGAACAAACACACAAGGCCGAGGCUCCAGGAUGAACUCCUACUUAGAUUACCCGGUCUGCAACCGGGGCGCAAACUUUUUCAGUGCCAAAGCUGGAUACCACAAUAUAAACCACGGAUACGUGUCGUCCAACUCGUGCGCAACAAGUGAUAGUUACGCACCAGACGCCCGUUUUGUUGCCGCAACUUCCGCGCCCCACCAGACACCGAGCCUCCCUCUGCACCACCAGACACACGUCAACCUGGACCUGCAGUUCUCAACAUCAGGGAACUCCAUGUACGGGCCACCUCUGGACUACAGCCAUCACCACCACCACCAGUACGGCUUUGCAACCGAACAGGACAGGAACUUCAUCCAUCCCCAGGUUUCUCCACUUGGAGCAAAUAUAGGGCCAUACAACGGAGACAGUUGUGGACCCGGGAUUGCAACCGGCAGCCCGUACCUGCAUUUUGGAGACGGUGACCAGAGGCAACAAGACUAUGCAGAGAGUGUUUACACAAGGUUACCAUCCCAAAGUAAAGAGAAGGAUCUGGAGACUGUAGAGGAGACGUCUAAAACUUUCGACUGGAUGAAAGUGAAGAGAAAUCCACCAAAAACAGCCGUUCUGUCCGAGUUUGGCGUUCCUGGUCAACACAACGUGAUCCGCACCAACUUCACCACCAAGCAGCUGACAGAGCUGGAGAAGGAGUUCCACUUCAACAAGUACCUGACCCGGGCUCGGCGGGUGGAGGUCGCGGCCAGCCUGGAGCUGAACGAAACGCAGGUGAAAAUCUGGUUCCAGAAUCGCAGGAUGAAGCAGAAGAAACGCGAGAAACUCGGCUGCGCUCUGCUGAGCUCAACGACCACAACUGUGGAGAAACUCUGCGGCCCGGACACCUCUCCAAAGACAAAGGGCAAAGACUCAGAAUCCUAAAAUGACUUUUCAAAGAAUAAAUAUAUAUAAUCUGACUGUGAAGCCUGGGAAUUUACUAAAAUCUCCACCAGUCAUCAAUCCAGAGAACAAAACUGAAAAAUUGACUUUUGUGUGUAAAUAUACUUCGUGUCUACGGAAGUGCUUAAAGGGCACAAUCUGACAAAAAAGAAAAGCUGAAAAUAUUGUUUUAAAUGUCUUCAUGUUCCCUUUUUUAAAUUUUCUAUGAUCAUGCUGUGUAUUGUGUUGAAACACCAAAUUUUCAGUGUCACUGUUUGCACUAUUUAUUUACAGGGUAUUUUCUUUUUUUCAAAAUUGUUGAUAUGAUUAAAUUUAAUAAAGUUUAUAAAACAAAGAAGAAUAUUUGAGUGAUGAAUGGAAACAGUGAGACAGAGUUUAUUCCUAAAUACAUUUUACAUUAUUAUCUAAUCUGGAAGAUUUAAAAAAAAGGUUUUUCUCUAUAUUUUCUUCCAUACAUAGUCUCAGCACAGCAUCCUUGCAUAAUGUGACAUGAGGAAUCUUUCACAACACACGGGGUGGUUCCAAAUGACCUCUUCACCUCCAAAUACCUCCAGGGGCUCUAAACAUGACAACAAACUCCAGGGAUCCGGUCAAACCCAUGGUUUGCAACCCAAAUUCUGCUCAGACACAGCUGACAGAGGUCACCACACUAAAAUCAAUAUUUAUUUUAUACAAUUUAAAUCAGUGCGCUUUUUUCUCACACAUUUUUUUUCCAUUUAAAGAAAUGCAGAGGUUGAACUAGUAAAUUUAACCUCUCCGUGCUUAAAUAGGUUACGCCUUUGGCCAAACGUUUGUCGGACCUGACCACCUGGGUUCAUCUAUUGCUAGAAGGGCAGAAGUUUCAAUAUUUGCACUGGGUGUUGAGUUUGCACACACACAAGUUUCUGCCCCAGCAGCACUGGCCUGUUGGUGUCCUUUUUCCUAAAGCUAAGGUUCACACAGAGUUCAGGCACAAAUGAAUGCAGAGUCAAUCUGUCAAGACACCAGAGUGGCUCGCAGAAGUCGACUCCAGGCCUCUCUCACUUCAGCUCUUUGCAGGUAGAGCUUUUUUUCUAUUUAGUCUAAUAAGGUUAUGGCCCAUUAAGACAAUGUGGAAGCCGGUGAGAACUUUUUUGAAAACAGUUUCAAGCGUCUAAAAACACCUUUCUAGGAAAUGGAAAUAAGCAAUCAUUUGAAAUAUAUCUGCAUGAGUAUGCAGGUCCCUCACAACUGUAUUAAAAAUUGAUGCACGGCCGCGAAUAGAAGUUACAGUUGAAAUACCAUACGACCCAUUACUGUAAAUUAGAAAAGGGCUAAGAGGUCUGUUGUCACACAUUUCUUUACACGGCGAAAAAGCUUCCACCUCCGAUGAGUCACAAGGCCAAGAACAGGGGCAAGAGUCGAUAUGGUGAAUAGUGACAGAUUUGACAACAAAAAGAGAGAGAUGGUGCAGAAAACAAGUGUGGGACUUCACUCCAGAGGUGUGAUCCCUGCCAUCUCUGUCGGCAAUACCUCAGCACUCCCUGCGGGCUCUCCAUCUGGAGGUGUCAGAGACUGCGGUGCAGCCAACGCCACAGAGACAGAUGUUCAUCUGGGGGAGAGGAGGAGGGUAUUUUUCACCUUUGGAUCAGCUCAGCCAUCUUUUCCUUCUGCUAGAAAAUGUAGGGCAAGAAGAGGAGGAGCAGCAAAAUUGUGAACCAACGAGGUAAAACAGCAAAGAUCCGACACAAAAAUGAACAGAGCCUCUGCAGUGCCAACAUCCCGACUGCAGAAGUAUGACAACUAUUAAUAGAUUCCACUGCCAAACUCUUUGUCCUCACAUAUCUUGCACAUCUUUAGCCAGCCUGCUGCCCCCCCCACUCCCCGCUCGAGGUCAACCCAAUGCUGUUUGUACCCCAUGCUGUUUGCAGUUGUUGCAGGCUCUUUUACAAGUCUAUUGCAA